AUUAUCCUACUAACACUCACUUGGACUGAGAAAUGACCAAAAAGGAAGCCUCCAAUUUAUCUUCAAUGCCCUUUUGUGUGUGCGGGGGUUGAACGAACACGUACUGAUCGGACAGAUACUUCCUGCACUUGUGCCCCCUGUACAAUUGGCAAAACGGCUCCGAACUGUUAUAGAUUAUCGGCACGUUGUCGGUCAGUUUACCGCUGGAAUCCAAAUCGAACUGGAUGGGAGCCGAAAAAGUUUUGGAUUUGGCAUCCAUAGUCGAUGGGUAAUCGUUUUCGCUGGACUUUGCAAUGCCGUUAGGCGUAAAAGUUGACAUCUCAAGAUUGACCCCCAAUACAUUCACACUGGUUUACCUGAAUGUAAAUAAACGAAUCGAAAGAAAGACAAGCUGAAUGUUCAGAAAAUGUUUAUGAGAAAAGAAAUCUUCAAACAAUCGAUAUAUUACUGCCACUCUACGUAAAAGACUGAUUUCCAAACGAUUAAGAUUUUUUUGAAAAUCAAAGAAAAAUGUCUCGACCCAUGAAUAUGCUAAGGACCAGGCGAAAAGAUACAAACGUCAAACCAAAUAGGAGCGGUUUCAGAUUCUCGAGGUUGGACAGAAAGUCGUCACGUGGUAUGAUCUACGAGAACGAAGAUUUGCGUUUGAAAACCAUCAAUAUCAAUGCAGAAGUAGAAAGCCGACAAUCCGACAUCAAAAAAUUGAAAAGAGAAAACGAAAUGUUGAAAAAAGGCCUCUGGUACCUCCGAGAUGAAUACGACAAACUGGAAAAACUUGUCAAAGACAAAAAAAUCGGUUUCUCCUCCUCAUCCACAACAUGUUCCACAUCCAGUGACUCAGAGAGCUGCAGCUCUUUCAGCGAAGCCAGCGAGGAAGUGGAAACGGCCCAAAACAUGAAGAACGUCCAACGCACCAACAUGAAGAACAUCCACGAGCACUUCGACCUCCUCUCCGUAGUUACGGAAGAAACUAGCGCCGAAAACUCCGAGCUGCCAUCCAACAGAACCUCCUUGGCCUACCAAGAGACGGUCCUGCAACCGGACCAGAGCUACCCGGACUACCAAAUCUCCAGAUCUCACACCCUACCAGCCUUGGAAAAAUCCCCCACACACUUCUUCUCCCCCAUCCAGACCUCCAAAAGCUUCGACGACAACAGCUUCAACCACCAGAUCCAGGGCCAACUCUUUCCCGAAGAAGCUUAUCCAGAGGAGCCGACCCAGGACAUUAUGUAUCCAGGGGAGCGAGCCCAGGACACCCUGUAUCCAGAAGAGCUGUACAGGAACGGAUUCGGGAGUGCCUCAGGGAACCUUCCAGAGGAUUUCCAGAGCAGGAAGAUAGUGAGAACGGACGCGAACUGUUUUUACCAGAAUAUGGUGUUGGUGUCGAAGCGUUUGGAGCCAGAGAUUGAGGUGCAGGCUAUGGAGAAGUCUUCCAGCGAUUUGAUCGUUAAAUUGGAUAAUCGGGAUUUCGGAAAUUCUGCCAGUCGUAGUACGGUGUCGAGCGGGGGGAAUUUGGAACAAUUGCUCAAUGAUAUUGAAUCGAUUUCGCAAAGAGGGUCGAACGAGCAUGCCGAAUUCAACGGCCUUUCUGAGGGGAUCAAUACGAAAACAGAAAUAUUGCAGGACCCUUCGAUGAAGGAAAAUGGAGAAGAUCCGACAGAAAAACCGUUCAAGAGCGAACUCAACGUUGUCCUCAUGCCCAAUCCGAUGCCGUUGAUCGGAAUCGACAAAUACAGGAAUAUUCAGAGGAGCCUGGAAAGUUUGAACGCGAAACCUCUGGAGGAACUGUCAGUUUCUAAUCAAAACCUGUGCGUCAUUCCCCCUCCCAAACAUCUUCUGGACUCUCCUAUCAUUCCGAAUAGUGCUCCGGCGAUAGGAGUUCACUCGGGAAAUCACGAUCCAGAAGCUAAUCCAUUCUUCUUCGGAAAUUUCAAGAAUAACUACGUUGAUUCCGAACAGUUCGGCAUGAAGUAUGGCAGCGAUAAUUUCUUCAGGGAAACACACCAAAAACUGGAUGCAAGUAGACUGGAGAAAAAUUGCGGUUCCAGAACCAACCUGAUAGACAUAAUUUCGCCGGAUCAAGCCUUCACAGAAAACGAAGAAAAUCUGAAAUUCAAAACCACCAAAACGCAGAACUCCGAUUCUGAGAAACCGAAAGAAGAAGCGAAAUCGGACAAGUUAAGCAUCCGCAAAAAGGUCUGCAUCCAUUUCAAGGGCAAAAAGGACCGCAGCAAAAAACCCUUUUUCAAUUCUGAUUCGUCCAUCCCCAAAACGCCCGACGAAAGAAAACACCCGCUAUGGAAUUCCAGGGACAAGAUCGCACCACCCGAAACGCCCAGUACAGAAUCGAGAAAGUUCGUCCUGGAACCGAAAACAACUAGCAGCUCUGACAGCAAAACGAGCAACGACAAAAAAAUCGGUCAGCUCGAGAAAAAAGACUCCGGAAGUGACAAAAAAGAGUCGGGGAACGAGAAAAAAACUACGAAAAGCUCGUCGGCCAGUCCAGAGAGAAAACACGUCCAACUCAAAGAAGAUGUCACGGUAGGCGGAAAAAAACACCGGAAGCACAAAAGAACGACCGACAGAGCGCGCCUGCGUAGACAGAGCACCCUAGCGGACCAAGGUCGAAGCUUCCGCGAGCGAUCGUACAGCGUGUGCACAGACAGAUCGAACAUGCUCGAACAUCGCUUGGGCUUCGGUUCCAGCCUGUAUUUCGACGAAUUCUCCGAUGACAGAGAAAGGACCAACAGCCAAAGUAGUUGCGAAACGGCGGAAAAUGCGAGGAAAAUGUCGAUGAUGCCGAACGUACCGCUCAGCGGAAAAGUACCGUGGUGCGGCUGCUGGGGAAACGGGUGUCUGUGAGAGGGCUAUUCGUGAACGGAUAUUAUUCGUGAACAGAGUUUAUUCGUGAACGAAGGUUAUUCGUGAACGGAGAUUAUUCGUGAACGGAUGUAAUUCGUGAAGAGUUUAUUCGCGAACAGGGUAUUCGUGAACAGUUUAUUCGUGAACAGGGUAUUCGUGAACAGGUUAUUCGUGAACAGAGGUAAUUCGUGAACAGAUGUUAUUCUUGAACAGGUUAUUCGUCAACAGAGGUUAUUCAUGAAUAGAGGUUAUACUUAAACGGGGGUUAUUCGUGAACAGAGGUUAUUCGUGAACAGAGGUUAUUCGUAAACGGAGGUUAUUCGUGAACGGUUUUAAUUCGUGAACAGUGUAUUCGUGAGCAGAGGUUAUUCGUGAACGGGGGAAUUUAUGAACGAAGGUUAUUCGUGAACAGAUGCUAUUCGUGAACGGGUUAUAUUUGAACGAACUGUAUGGACACGUGCUCGGGGACAUGUGAUUCGUGAACAGGGUCAGUGUGAUCGUCUGUCCUUCGAAUGGGAUAUUCCUGGGGGAUUCCCGAACUGGUGCCUUAUCAACAACUACUUUUCAAUACUUAUUAGGUUAUAUGAAAAGAAGUUUUCUGGAAAUAUAAUGUCGACUAUAAAUAUUCCAUAAACACGUAGCUAUAUGUAUUUGUAUGAAACUAGAAAAAUACAACAUAAUUUAGACUCCAAUAACUAUUAAUAGUCCCUAUCAUAGAUGAAUGC